AUGCCAAAGGCAAUGUCCGGAAAUACUUCUGACUACAGGGGUACUUCAACUGGAACAUCGACUUCUACGCAACCAAUGACCUUUUCCACAGUGGCAAGCCAACAAGCAGUUCCCAAAUUCCCAAAACAAGACCAAGCCAUACUUUUCCCAUUUAUAGACGGAAUCAAAUUACAAGAAUAUGUCGUUGCCUUAGGACCAAUAGUACAACCAAAAAAUAUCCUUUUCUCCUCUAGGAUCUCAAAUAAUAGAAUAUGUAUUUACCUUUCCAGUACAGAAGCAGUCAACAGCUUUCUGAAAAACUGUGGUCAGAUAAAAAUAAAAGAAAACAUCAUAGAUGCACGUAGAUUGAUCACUCCUGCUAGCCGUUUGAUUCUAUCCAAUGUAUGUCCAGCAAUACCCCACGAGAUAAUCCAAACUCAUCUAGUUAACCUGGGAAUGAAACUACUAUCACCCAUUUCAUUCCUACGGGUGGGAAUCCAAGAGCCACAGUAUAGUCAUGUGCUUAGCUUCCGCAGACAAGUAUAUUACUCACCCACAGACAAUAUGCCAAUUCCCGAAUCGUUCCUCAUUAAAUUCGAAGGCACAUCUUACAGAAUCUUCCUAUCGAAAGAUGGACUUAACUGUUACAAAUGUAAAAAAUCAGGACACUUAGCUGCGUCUUGCCCCGAAACCAUACCUGAUGAAAACAUCAUUAUAGAGCCUUCCCAACAACAACGAAUCGAACAACCAAUCGAAACAACUCCAUCUGAAGAAGCCACAAUAGAACCUAACUCACAGACUGAGGCAACAGAUAACAACCAAUACCAAAAACGUCCAAGAUCCGAAGUAUCUUCCCCCUCCUCAGAAAACCCUCCACCAUCAGGCAACCAGGAGGUCAAUUUCCUAGAACCCAUCCCCCCACCCCAGAAAAAGAAAAUGAAACCACCUGAACCCACUGAAAACCCUUUCGAAUAUGCAAUACUACCAGCAAAAAAAGCUAUUGAAGAAGCUGAUCCACCUCUUAUCUUGAACUUCACCCAAAUAGCUCGCUUCCUGGAAGAAUCAUUUGGAACGACCAACCCACUGGAUAUCGCAACCGAAUAUACCAAAGACAUCCAGGGCCUCUUACACAUGCUCACCAUUAUUGGCAUAUACCUGCUUUGUAGAUUAGUUAUAUUUUUAUAA